CGAAGACAGCAGAGAGGGAGGAGCAGGAGAAGACGGAAGAUGGCGGCGAAGCGGGGGCGAGGACGGGGGCGCGAGUGGGACGGGGACGAGCUCGCCGCAUCGCCGCAGCCCCUCGCCGUUCCAGUCCUCUGCCUCGUGCGCUCCGCCGGGGACUUGGCAGCCGGCGCCUUCGUGGGCUCCCUCGUCGGAUACGGACAAGGUUUGAUCACUAGUAAAGGUAUGAAGGGUUCACUCAUCAAUGCAGGAUCUUCUGCGAAGACUUUUGCAGCAUUGUCUGGUGUCCAAAGCUUCAUCUUGUGCUUGUUGAGAAGACUGCGAGGGAAAGAUGACAUGAUCAAUGCUGGUGUGGCUGGUUGUUGCACGGGACUUGCUUUGAGUUUUCCAGGUGCACCCCAAGCAAUGUUCCACAGCUGCGUCACCUUUGCGGCGUUCUCCUGCAUAAUGGACGGUCUCAAUAAGCAACAGGCUGCCAUGGCAGCCACACUUGGCGGACAUCCAUCCUCGACCAUCAAGCUUCAGGAGGGGUGUGGCGUUCUGCCCCCAUUUACUCUUCCACCACUUCUGGAUGCUUCAGACGCUUUGGCCUCGUGCAGCCAGAGCUUGUUUAAGCCCAAGCAGUAGACUGAUCCAAAGACAAAUCAACAAGAGAAAGCUAGUUCCGUAGUUUAUCUAUCUCUUCUCUGUUUGGCCUCCCGAAUCCCUGAUUAGUUUUGUUGCUCAUUUUUGUGAUGAACUUGCUCAAAUAUGGCUGUGGAGCUAUAAUGGGUUGCAUCUAGUGUUGUUUGCCUUGAUAAUGAAGAGCUAAUACCGAUGAGAUUGGUUAUCAUCAAAAUUUACUAGCUCCAUCUGAUGUUCUUGUCAAGUCUAUUGUAUAACAUGAGAACAAUAUUAAAUAAUAAAGUUUUGUCCUCAGUAUGGGCCUAUAAAAUGAA